CAUAAGCUGGGAUUUGUUGUCUAUAUAAAGUCAGCGGUAAGUGCAGAGCUGUCUUUACAGAAUGGGCCAAGCUGCUACCCUGCCUUGUAGGAGAGGCGAUGCUUAUAUAACAGAGCUGUACGACUGGUUCAGAAAGUUUAUUAACGAAUGUCCUAGUGGGCUCAUCACUCUUCAUGAGUUUCAAAGGCAUUUCUGCAAUGGAACAGUGGGCAGUGAGUCUGCCGAGUAUGCAGAACAGAUAUUCCGCACACUGGACAAUAAUGGGGAUGGGGUGGUUGAUUUCAGGGAGUACGUCAUGGCCAUCAGCAUGCUUAUUGAAGGUUCACCUGUGGAGAAACUGUGCUGGUCAUUCAAGCUUUAUGACAAAGACAGAGACGGAGCCAUUACAAAGGAGGAAAUGCUGGAGAUCAUGCAGGCUGUUUAUAAGAUGAGUGUAGCCGCUGCGUUGACCGAACCGAACCCACUCACAGCUGAAGAAUGUACCAACAGGAUAUUUUUUAGAUUAGAUAAAGACAAUAAUGCCAUCAUCAGUCUGGAGGAGUUCAUAGAGGGAGCGCUGGAUGAUGAUUGGAUCAGGGAGAUGCUGGAAUGUGACCCCAGCACCGUGAAGGUGGAGAGGCCCCUGAGGAGGGACACCGCUUUGGGGACCCAUGGUUGACCUGAAGUGGGGUAUUCUAUUCAUUGGCUGCAGAAAAAUGAACCAGUCGAUAUUCAGACUGAAACUUCCAGGAAUCAUUGCAACACCCCAGCUUCCAUUUGUUGUGACAAAUUAUAUCACUGUCUGUUAAGUAACUUUAAUUCAGACACUGGAGAGCGCUAGACAAUGU